GUGGACUCUCACUACUGCCCCAGCUGCCUGGAGAACAUGCCUUCAGCUGAAGCUAAGCUGAAAAAGAAUAGGUGUGCCAACUGCUUUGACUCCGACGACCCGGCCAAGACCACCAUGAAGAAAGCGUAUUACCUGGCCUGUGGGUUUUGCCGCUGGACUUCCCGGGAUGUUGGCAUGGCAGACAAGUCUGUCGCUAGUGGUGGCUGGCAGGAGCCAGAGAAUCCUCACACACAGAGGAUUAACAAACUGGUUGAGUACUACCAGCAGUUGGCUCAGAAAGAGAAGAUUGAGCGGGACCGGAAGAAGCUGGUGCGACGCCGAAACUACAUGCCCCUGGCGUUUUCGGACAAAUAUGGCCUGGGAACCAGGCUUCAACGCCAGAGGCCCGGAGCACCCAUCAGUGCCCUCGCUGGACUCUCGCUGAAAGAAGGAGAGGACCAGAAAGAGAUCAAGAUUGAGCCAUCGGAUGCAGUGGAAGAAGUGGAACCUCUUCCUGAGGAUUACUACACAAGACCAAUCAAUCUAACAGAAGUGACAACUCUGCGUCAGCGUCUGCUGCAGCCUGACUUCCAGCCGAUCUGCGCUUCCCAGCUCUAUCCACGUCAUAAGCACCUCCUGAUCAAACGUUCACUGCGCUGCCGGAAAUGUGAACAUAACCUGAGCAAGCCAGAAUUCAAUCCAACAUCUAUCAAAUUCAAGAUCCAGCUGGUUGCUGUUAACUAUAUCCCAGAAGUGAGAAUCAUGUCUAUUCCCAAGCUGCGCUACAAGAAGGAGAGCCAAGUCCUUCUGACUCUGACCAAUCCAGUGGAGAACAUCACACAUGUCACACUACUGGAGUGUGAGGAGGGAGACCCUGACAACAUCAACAGCACUGCCAAGGUGGCAGUUCCUCCCAAGGAGCUUAUUCUGGCUGGCAAAGAUGCUGCAGCGGAAUAUGAUGAGCUGGCAGAGCCUCAAGACUUCCAGGAUGACCCUGACGUUAUUGCUUUCCGAAAAGCCAAUAAGGUGGGAGUUUUCAUCAAGGUCACUCCGCAGGAAGAAGAGGGCGAAGUGACCGUGAGCUUCAAGAUGAAGCACGAGUUUAAAAACCUUGCUGCUCCAAUCCGGCCCAGUGAGGAGGGCGAUCAUGGCUCUGAGGUCAUCUGGCUCACCCAUCACGUGGAGCUCAGCCUCGGUCCAGUGCUCCCAUAACGCUCCCAACGCUUGUGCCCCGACAGCUGGCCGCAGGAUGGACUGUCCCAGUGAAGAAAGCACCUAGCGGAAUGUUCUGCGAGAGCUCCUUUGUGAUGUGUGGGUGUGUGUGCCAGUGGCCCCAGCCAGGCCGCGAGGAGGUGGCUGAGGGUGCCAUGGUUCAGGAUGGUUUGUUCUCUCUGCUCUUUGUUGUAGUGCCCACUGAC